AUGGUUCAUUUAUAGUGUUGAUUCUCCAUAACUUCAGUCCUCAUUUACUUUCACGGUACGGAGGAGUGUAAACAUUCGGCUUUAACUUUGGUUUUGCACAGAAGAACAAACCUUAUACGGGUUUGGAACAACAUUAAGGUUUGCAUCCUUGACAUCUACAGUGACGAUGGCGUGGACAGUGGCUCUCAGUAAGCUGGUGUUAGCGGUCUUCGGAUUCACGUUGAUCACAGGCCUUCCCGCCAACCUCUUGGCUUUCUACACCUUCUUUCAGAAGGUCCGCCAGCGCUGCACCCCGAUGGACGUGCUGUUACUCAGUUUAACCAUCUCUGACCUGAUCUUCCUCUUUUUCCUGCCGUUUCGCAUGGUGGAGGCAGCCAACAUGAAAUGGACGCUGCCUUACUUCCUCUGUCCGCUGUCGGGAUUCAUCUUCUACUCCACCAUCUACAACAGCACCUUCCACCUGACGGCCAUCAGCGUGGAGCGCUACCUGGGUGUGGCUUUCCCCAUUAAAUACAAGCUCAAGCGUAACCCUCGAAAUGCUGUGAUAGCCAGCGUCAUAUUCUGGCUGCUUUCAAUGGCGCACUGCAGUAUCGUCUACAUCAUUCAGUACUACGAUAUUUCGAACCCCAACUACACCUCACCGUACAAACGUGACACUUGUUAUGAAGAAUUCAGUAAAGAACAGCUUGAUAUCCUCCUGCCUGUUCGCCUGGAGCUUUUCGCGGUGCUCUUCCUCAUACCGUUCCUCAUCUGCUGCUUCUGCUACAUCAGAUUCAUCCACAUCCUCUCCAAUCUGCCCAACAUCAACGCCAAGAAGCGGUACAGAGCCAUCGGGAUGGCGUUGGGCACGCUUCUGGUCUUCAUUGUCUGCUUCUUGCCCUACAACGUCUCACACGUGGUUGGAUAUGUAGCCAAUAGAAGCCCCGACUGGCGAGUUUAUGCGCUGCUCACCAGCACGUUUAACGCGUGCCUCGAUCCGUUCAUAUUCUACUUCUCUUCUUCGGCACUCAGAGGAACGUUCAAGAACAUCUUGCAGAAGCUGUCGAGGCAGCUGUUCCAGCCCUGCUGCCGCUCAGCUCUCUAUUGUCCUCUGUUGAACUGUUUGAGUACAGAGGAGAAAACUCCGAGCACGACUGACAGCUCUCUGUAACAUCACAAGCCGGGACGUAGAGUCUGAUUCGAUUGGCCCAACUCAAUGUGACUCAAUCUGAGAGGUGUCUGCUGUAGAUGAGCUAGUAUUUUCAGUGUUUUCUUCUGACUGCAUUUGAGCAAUGUCAGCACAUGCUGAGCAAUCCAAAGCAAAUGAACACAAUUCUAAUGCACAACUUAAUGGACCUGUAUAAUGGACAACUAUUACUAUAGAGAUUCCAGUAUUUUUUUCCAUUCAUUUUUCCUAUAGAGAUCUUCGUUAAAGCACUAUAGGCAGUGAACCAAACCAAGCGGCUACGAGGUGAACCAUAACAUUACAAACUUUGAUUUGAAACAAAAAAGUAUUUAAAAUUUAGACAUAGUCACAAGUUUAACGACUUUACUGAGGGAGAACUACAGUCCCAAGAAUCACUGAAAAUUAGAUAAUCAGAUAAAAAAUGAUGCAGAAAUAUAAAACUCUUCAUUUAAUGUUGAAACAGUGUGUUUAAUAUUUAUUGCAAAAUAUGCACAUCUAUGCAAAUAUUUAGUAUUUUGAUAGCAUAGCGAGUGUUUCAUGAGUGGGCAUUCCCUGCAAGCUAUUUUCUUGUGAUUAGCUCAGCUUGAAUCUCUUAUUGAUGGAAUUUUCUGUAGAGCAUCAUGGGUAAUGUACUUUUUGACCAUGAAUUCAGCUGUUUAACACAUUUAUUUUAAAAUAAGUGAAUGUAUGGUUUCAACAAAAGCAUGUACCAUUGAUUAACAACCUUCUUUCUUUAAAGGUUAAUAAGUUAUUAAUUAUUUAGAAUUAUUUAAAAUUAUUAGUUAUUAUUUAAAAAUCGAUUUCCCUAUGGAGUAAAUUAUUGGGGUUUUACUUCUGGAACCCAACUAUUGCACUCUAUUGACUUGAGUCUAUAACUUUUACUAUGAUGUUACUUUUGCUUCUAUUGAGGUUAAGCGUGCCCACAACUUAGGCUUUCUUGGUUAGCUAGUAGACCUUGGUCGUCUUCCUGCUGAAGCACUUUUAAUGCACUUUCUGAUAUUGAUCCUAAUGUAAAUGCUCAAGCAGGUUUACUGUCAGGAUCAGUAUCAUUAUCAGGUAAAUGCACCUUCUGGGAGCUUAUGCUGUCUUUGAACUGGGCAUUCAAUGUGUAGGGUGUAAUUUGUGCAGCACUAGUGGCACCAGAUAAAAUCAUGACAUUUCACACUUGCUAAAAUUCACACCAUUGGUUGACCCGUUGUUAUAUCCUGCCCAUUUGGGCCACUCAAACAAGCAGAUUUGCAAACCAGCUGAAUGUUUUUUCAUUUCACUUUAAUCAUCAUUUUUUAAAAUCUGUUCUGCUGCAGCAUAAACUUUACUGCAUAAAUAAAUUAAAUACAUUUUAUUAACUUUUCUCCAGACUUACUAUAUUGUUUAGGUACUUCUGCUAAUAUAUUGCACUUAUAUUUUGCUUUUUUUUUAUUGUAUCGAUUAUUGAUUAUAUUCCCUUUAUGUUUGUACCGUGAAUGUUGUUUAAUAAGGUGAAUUUUUAACCCUUUAUUUGCAUUCAGAUGUGUGCUCUUUUAUUAAAUACUUUUCAUAUCUCAGUUUAUAUUGUAGUUUUUUGCAUGUAAAUAUGUAAUCAUUAAAUUGUUGUUCAUUUUAUGCAAGAGCAGAUAAGAUAAGCUUAUUUGGAGCCGCGGUCUAGGCACUUAUUUCCUCACGGUUAGAAAAUGGCUUGAUGUGCAAUUUCUACUGAAUAAAAAUAUGCAAAAAAUAA